AUGCCGCAGGCCCUAGACAGCUGGGGUGGGCCCAACUGCCGCAUGACAUUUGUUCAAGCUGUACAUAGGGCUAAGUUCGUGGGGGACCAGCACACGGUCAAGAGCUCCUCCUCUGUGCCAGGCUCUGAGCAAAAGUCGUCUGGAAAGGCGUUGUUUCACCUGAGUUGCAGCCAUUUAAACCUUGCUGAAAAGGAAUAUUUUGGAUUAGAAUUCUGCAGCCAUUCUGGAAAUAAUGUUUGGCUGGAACUUCUAAAGCCCAUAACAAAGCAAGUGAAAAAUCCUAAGGAGGUUGUUUUCAAAUUUAUGGUGAAAUUUUUCCCAGUGGACCCCGGACAUCUGCGUGAAGAGCUAACAAGGUAUCUCUUUACUCUUCAAAUCAAGAAGGAUUUGGCCCUCGGAAGGCUUCCCUGCAGUGACAAGUGCGCAGCGUUGAUGGCGUCUCACAUCUUACAAUCAGAACUGGGAAACUUUCAUGAAGAAACAGAUAGGAAACAUCUGGCACAAACCCGGUACUUACCAAACCAAGACUGUUUAGAGAGCAAGAUCCUGCACUUUCAUCAGAAUCACAUUGGUCGGAGCCCAGCUGAAUCUGACAUUCUUCUGUUGGACAUAGCAAGCAAGCUGGAGAUGUACGGCAUCAGGCCUCACCCUGCCAGUGAUGGUGAGGGGCUGCAGAUCCACCUGGCAGUGGCUCACAUGGGAGUGCUUGUGUUACGGGGAAACACAAAGAUCAAUACCUUCAACUGGGCUAAAAUCCGCAAGUUGAGCUUUAAGAGAAAACACUUUCUUAUCAAGCUUCAUGCCAACAUCUUGGUAUUGUGCAAGGACACCUUGGAGUUCACUAUGGCUAGCCGAGAUGCCUGCAAGGCUUUCUGGAAGACUUGUGUGGAAUACCAUGCCUUCUUCCGGCUUUCCGAGGAGCCCAAAUCCAAGCCCCAAACCCUGCUCUGUAGCAAAGGGUCCAGUUUCCGCUAUAGUGGAAGAACUCAAAGACAACUUUUGGAAUAUGGGAAAAAGGGGAGGCUGAAGAGCUUGCCAUUUGAAAGGAAACACUAUCCGUCUCAGUACCAUGAACGACAGUGCAGGUCUUCGCCAGACCUCCUCUCGGAUGUGUCAAAACAAGUGGAAGAUCUGAGACUAGCCUAUGGCAGUGGGGGCUACCGAUCUGCCGACGGAGUGCACGCCUCGGAGCCAGUGCUGGACGGGAGGAGGAGCAACUCGGCAGGGGAGGUGACGCUGACUGCGGAGCUGGAGCGUGCCCAACCAGAGGCAGCACCCGCCUUGUUGCAUCUGUCCCAAAGCAGUUCCUCUUUCCAUUUUAUGUACACAGACCCUGUCUUUAACACUGACCCGGAGCCUACCGCUGACUUUUUUGAGGAGAAGAGUCCUCUAAGCUCCUUCCAAACAAGCUGUAUGUUUACGAACAGUCACAUGAAUAGAUCUUCUGGCCUCACUGGCAAAGUGAGUCCAGCCAGGCAGCUCACUUACACAGAUGUGCCCUAUAUUCCCUGUACUAGUCAGCAGGUGGAGAUUAUGCCCUCCCAAGUCUUUUUUUAUGUGGAUAGGCCACCUCAGGUGCCCAGGCGGUCUCCGAUCAUGGCAGAGCAAAGGGAAGGGCCAGACAGCUGUCUAGAGCCCUCGGUACUGAAACCACCAAAAAGAAGUCCACGGAGUAUCCGAACGAAGAGCUGUCAGCAAGACUUGCAAGGACUCCAAGAAGCUAUGGCCAGAACUAGUGGUAGGAGCCACAUUAAUGUGGAUCUUGAAGAGGAAGACCCAAGAGUGGUAGAGGCAUUUGCAUAUAACAGUCAAGAGCAAACCCCCAAACGGUCCCAGGGCCAAUCAGAUAUGAAAACUCUCCGUUUUCCUUUUGGGUCAGAGUUUAGGCCUUUAGGGCCUUGUCCCGCUCUGAGUCGCAAAGCUGACCUGUUUACAUACAUGUUUGCAGAGCAGGAGUUGCCGGCAGCGGAAAGGUACGUAGCUAGUGAAUCCAGCGAUUCCGAAUCGGAGAGUCCUUACCCCGAUUACCACUCCCUAUACGGCAAAGGAAUCCGGUCGCCGGUGGCCAGAAUCCGUUUGUCCUCUGGUAGCCUCCAGCUAGAUGAAGAUGAGGAAGAUGCAGCGUCUUGCACCACAUCGACUGCUGAAGACAGGACUUUGCUAAAACCAUGGAAUUACUACUUGGCAUAAUACUGACAACUCUAUAAACAUUUCUGGUCCUGUUCCAUAUGACCACCUUAGGGUCCCCCAAAGGAACCUCUUUGCGUAAAUUAUUUUAAUGACUGCUCACUGGCAUUAGGAGAACCUUCGAAGAUGUGAUGUCAAAUGUAUCAAAGAACUUGCUGUUGCCUCCUUCCACGAAGGCUCUCAUUGUUAGACCUCUAAC